AUGCCUAUCACCGCCAGUGACGCUGCUCCCGGUGCCGCCAUGAAGGCUGAGAUCACCGACUACACCAAGGCUUUGGAGGUUGUUGAGACCUACAAGACCCGUGAUGGCCUUGAUGUGGAUACUCUCAUUGAUUCUGACAAGCACGGUGCUUUGACUUACAAUGAUUUCCUCAUCCUGCCCGGCUACAUCGGAUUCCCCGCCUCUGAUGUGUCUCUUGAUACCCCCGUUACCAAGCGUAUCUCUCUGAAGACUCCUCUUCUGUCUUCUCCCAUGGACACCGUCACCGAGCACAACAUGGCCAUCCACAUGGCCCUGCUCGGUGGUCUCGGUGUCAUUCACCACAACUGCUCCCCCGAGGCCCAGGCUGAGAUGGUUCGCAAGGUGAAGAGAUACGAGAACGGCUUCAUCCUUGACCCCGUUGUCCUCUCUCCCAAGGCCACCGUCGGCGAGGCCAAGGAGCUGAAGGCCAAGUGGGGCUUCGGUGGCUUCCCUGUCACUGAGAACGGAACCCUCCGCUCCAAGCUUGUUGGUAUGGUCACCUCGCGUGACAUCCAAUUCCACCACAACCUUGACGACCCCGUGACCUCCAUCAUGGCCACUGAUCUUGUUACCGCUCCUGCUGGUACCACCCUGGCUGAGGCUAACGAGGUUCUCCGUCAGUCCAAGAAGGGCAAGCUCCCCAUUGUUGACUCCAACGGAAACAUCGUUUCCCUCCUUUCCCGCUCCGAUCUGAUGAAGAACCUCCACUACCCCCUUGCCUCCAAGCUUCCCGACUCCAAGCAGCUCAUCUGUGCCGCUUCCAUUGGUACUCGUGAGGAGGACAAGUACCGCCUCAAGCUCCUUGUCGAGGCUGGCUUGGACAUUGUCAUCCUGGAUUCCAGCCAGGGUAACUCUAUGUACCAGAUCGAGAUGAUCAAGUACAUUAAGAAGGAGAUCCCCCAGAUCGAUGUUAUCGGUGGUAACGUCGUUGUUCGGGAGCAGGCUGCUUCCCUCAUUGCUGCCGGUGUCGAUGGCCUGAGAAUCGGCAUGGGCUCCGGUAGUGCCUGUAUCACCCAGGAAGUCAUGGCUGUCGGUCGCCCCCAGGCCGCCUCCGUGCGUAGCGUUUCCUCCUUCGCUGCCCGCUUCGGUGUUCCCUGUAUCGCCGAUGGAGGUGUCCAGAACCUUGGACACAUUGUCAAGGGUCUCGCCAUGGGUGCCAGCACCGUCAUGAUGGGCGGUCUCCUUGCCGGUACCACCGAGUCUCCCGGUGAGUACUACGUCAGCAACGAGGGCCAGCUUGUCAAGGCCUACCGUGGCAUGGGCAGUAUCGCCGCCAUGGAAGACAAGAAGGCCGGCAACGGUGCCAAGGACAGCAAGGCCAGCAACGCUGGCACUGCCCGCUACUUCUCCGAGAAGUCCAACGUCCUCGUUGCCCAGGGUGUUGCCGGUUCCGUCCUUGACCGCGGUUCCGUCACCAAGUUCAUUCCUUACCUUGUUGCCGGUGUCCAGCACUCUCUGCAGGACAUUGGUGUCAAGAGCCUUACUGCUAUGCACAAAGGCGUUGACGACGGUACCGUGCGCUUCGAGAUGCGCAGUGCCAGUGCUAUGACCGAGGGUAACGUCCACGGUCUGCACAGCUACGACAAGAAGCUCUACGCGUAA